AUGUCCGCAAUUGAUCCUUCUAUCUACCCCAGCUCUUAUCCAGAAGCACCCAAGUUGAUUCCUGUGUUUGAGUUCACGGUUAAGUCGUCGAGUCCUCAGAAUGUUCUCAAGCAGCAAUCACUCGAAAAGAACAGUGUUAUUUUACCUCUCGUAAACGGAACCAUUCGUCCCAUUGAUAACCCAUUGGGGUUGAAAUUCGAGGCCAAGAACAUCAUUGGCCACGACUACAUCACAUUUGACAAGUCUGUUGGCGCUGGAAAGCUCGAUUGUAGACUCUAUGGUGAGACUAGUGAAGGUACUGGAUUCACCAUGAGAUAUGAUGGAAUUAUGAAAUUGUCAGAGAAAAUCGUUGCUGUUUUGGAGACUCAGACCAAGGAACAUCCUCCUUUUGAAGACGUUUAUGUUGGAGCCAGCUUCAUUUUUGAGUUAUCUGAAGGUGCUAAACCGGACGAAAAGUGGGUCACUGGUGAGACAUUAGUUGGCAAGGGACGUUUGCUUGUUGGCAAGGAAGAUGGUGCUACUUAUGCUCAGUACAUUGCCCAUGUUAUACGCUAG